AUGGUUGGUAUUGCGACCAACAAUCCCCGACAGGUCCCACACAAACCACCACCUACUGUCAAUUUAAUUCAAGCAACCAUGCCAGCGGACGCCACUUUGAAGUCUCCUAAUGUAUGCGCCAACUGUAAGGCCCGCAAGAAACGAUGUGACAAGUCUCUGCCGCGCUGUCGCUACUGCGCUGAGUACCAUGCUGCUUCUACUCCAACCGAGGAUUGGAAUACCCGCUGA